AUGUUCAAAUUCGUGACUUUCGUUCUUGCCGCUCUCGUUGCUUGCGCAUCAGCGAAACCCGGUGUUGUGGCACCAUUUGCCGCUGCUCCCUUGGCAGCCGCUCCUUUGGCAGCAGCUCCUUUGGCUUACGCAAACGCACCACUGUAUGCCGCUGGCGGCAGCAGCCAAAUCGAUGUACGCAACAACUUUGAUGGCACACUUUCAUCCUACACAACAACACCUUUCCAGUAUUCCGGCCCCUUCGCCAGCCGUUAUGUCUCCGGUGUUCCAGCUGCCUAUGCUGCCCCAGCUCCAGUUUUGGCUAAAUAUGCUGCUCCAGCCGCCUUAGCCGCUCGCGUUCCUCUGGCUGCUGCUCCAGCUCCUUUGGCUGCUUUGCCCGCACCUUUGGCUGCUGCUCCAGCUCCUUUGGCUGCUUUGCCCGCACCUUUCUGCUCCAGCUCCUCUGCUGCUUUGCCCGCACCUUUCGCCGCUGCCCCAGCUCCUCUGGCUGCCUUGCCCGCACCUUUCGCCGCUGCGCCUGCACCUUUGGCCGCCGCACCAUUCGCCGCUCCCUUCCCUGCUGCUUACGCCGCUGCCCCAGCUCCCUAUGCAUGGUAA